AUGGAAAGAUCUCUCAUGCUGCACACCAAUCUAGCAGAGGAGCUUUGGUCAAUUCAAGAUAAAACACUUCCACUUGGAUCUAAGCGUAGACUUCGAGAAGAGAACUUUGAGAGGAACUGAAACGCUUCAGCUGAAAUGCAUCCAAGAUUCUCAAAGCGAGUUACUGUUGGACAUUCACCCCUCUCUCUCAAUGCAAGAGGUGUCCUACUGCCGAAGUGAAGAUGAUUCGGAUUUGGUUAAAGUAGAAUUUCUCACGCGCUACUUCACCACUUAUGGCACCACCCUGGUUGUAAAUGUCCCAUCACCAUGUAUAAUUGAGGAGUUUCGAUUAGUGGUCAAGUAUGUUGCCUCCGAUGGACCAGGGGACCCGAGUGUGGACAGAGCCAUGCCUGCUGCAGGCAGCCAAGCAGGAGUAUGACAGAGUCAUCGAGGAGUUCCUGGUCGUUGGGGAGAAACUAUUUGGACCCUACAUCUGGGGAAGGUAUGACGUGCUGUUCAAGCCGCCGUUGUUCCCCUUCGGGGGUAUGGAGAAUCCCUGCCUCACCUUCAUCACCACCUGCAUCCUGGCCGGAGACCGCUCGCUUGCUGACGUCAUUGUGCACGAGAUCUGUCACAGCUGGUUCGGUAACCUGGUAACCAAUGGCAACUGGGGCGACUUCUGGCUCAACGAGGGCUUCACCAUGUACGCCCAGCGCCGGGUGUGCAGGGAGCACUACGGAGAGGCCUACUCUAGUCUGGAGGCAGCGACUGGGAGGGCUUUACUCAGACAACAAGCAAAGGACCACCCACUCAACAAACUGCAUGUGAAGAUCAAACCCGGUGUUUACCCUGAUGACACCUACAAUGACACGUCCUAUGAGAAGGGCUUCUGUUUUGUCUCCUACCUGGCCCACCUGGCUGGCGACCAGAGUUGUUUCAAUGCCUUCCUCAACGCCUAUAUUGACAGGUUCAAGUUCCACAGUGUUAUGGCAGAGGAUGCCCUGGAGUUCUUCCUGGAGUAUUUCCCUGACCUGAAGAAGAAAGGAGUGCACAAGAUUGAGGGUCUGGAGUUUGAUAGCUGGCUCAAUGUGCCUGGUUGGCCUCCCUAUCUCCCUGACUUGUCGGCUGGCCAGAGCCUGAUGAAGCCUACUGAGCAGCUGUCAGAGCUGUGGGCUGUCGAGGGCCUGGAUAUGGCCAGCAUCAAGAAGACCAACAUCCAGGCUUGGAAGACUUACCAGACUGUCUAUUUCCUGGAGAAGAUCAUAGAGAAGUCCCCACUUCCUAGAGGUAAUAUGGAGAAACUGGAGGAGCAGUACCCUCACAUCAAGUCAAACAACGCUGAGCUACGACUGCGCUGGGCCCAGAUAAUUUCCAAGAAUCAGCACCAGCCAGGAUAUCAACAUGUGCGCAGCUUACUCAGCUGCCAGGGGAAACAGAUGUACACACUGCUUGUGUACCGUGCACUGUGGAAUGGAUCGGAGGAGACCAGGGCUCUGGCCACAGAGAUCUUCAGUGCCACCUCACAUCAGCUCCACGUAAAUGUCCGCAACUACGUCAAGAAGAUCAUCGCCUGAGUGUCAUCAUAGGAGCUGAACAUGAGAUCCAGAGUGUAGUCUAGCUAACCCUGGCCUAGAGAUAUUAUAGAGGAGGAGUAGCAGUAGUGGUCUUUCCCAGUACUUUUUAGAUGGCCUCCGUUCCUUAAAUGUACUGUACCAGGUCAGGUUGAGAUGCCAAUAUCAUCUUGUUUUUUCUGUAGCCUGGUCAGUGUCACAGGAAAAGAGGCAAUUUUACAUAUUUCACAUGGAGCUUGUAUGGUAAAUUCUUUGCAUACUGUGGGAGGGCUUAAGACCAUAAUUAAGCUGUAUUUAUGAUUAUUAUUAUCUUUUUACAAAAAGUGGAUUUAAGGAAAAAUUAAAUUACUACUUAGAUGUAUUGAGUAUGUUGGAAAACAGUUUGAUUGUGUUUUUUCAUCCAAACUAAGCUGUAUUUUAAACUGUUCCAAACAGUAAAAAUACAUUAUUUUGAAGUAAAUCUGUAGUGGUUGGUGUUUUUCCCCUGAAAGAUUCAAUGUAUAUUAUUGCUUUCAUUCCCUAUUCGCCAUUAACUGUAUACUUUAUUUUACUACACUGAACAAAAAUAUAAACGCAACAUGUAAAGUGUUGGUCCCAUGUUUCAUGAGCUGAAAUAAAAGA